AAAGAGAGAAUUGUACUUUUGGCCUGCUUCGAAAGCAUUUAAAGAAAUAAUUGCAAUCGAAAAAGACGUUCUGAGACAAGUCUGUGUAGUGAAAAUUAAUCAAAGUAUAGUAAUAGAGUGUAAAUUAUUGAAUUUUCAAAAGAUUCGUAGUGGAUAUAAAGGAAAUUUCACAAAAAUAUAAGCAAGCAUUUAAGUGCUCCCGAAAAGUGAUAUAAGUUAUCUUUUUGGGUUAUUGUCUAUAGAAGUUAACACAACGAAGAAUUAAAUUAAAUAAUAACAUUUAUUGAAAUGGAUUCAAAAGGAUGGAAUUUUGAAGUUUCUGAAGUGAAACCAAACUAUUCUUACAUGUUUGAUUUUGAAGCCCACUUCACUCACCAGAAAACAAGAAUAUGGAUGCAACAAAAUUGGACUUAUGUGUUUUGGUAUUCAGGCGUUUAUAUGCUUGUAAUAUUUGGAGGUCAACAGUUUAUGGCGAAUAGAUCUAGGUUUCAACUUCGAGGGCUUUUAUCACUAUGGAAUACAAUGUUGGCGAUGUUCAGCAUAAUGGGAGCUUUCAGAACAGCGCCCGAAUUAAUUCAUGUUCUUCGGAACUAUGGUUUAUUUCAUUCUGUCUGUGUACCAAGAUAUAAUUACAUCGAACACGAUAAAGUUUGCGGAUUUUGGACUUGGCUCUUCGUGCUUUCAAAAUUGCCAGAACUUGGCGAUACUAUUUUCAUAGUUUUACGAAAGCAACCAUUGAUUUUCUUACAUUGGUAUCACCAUAUCACCGUCCUAAUGUAUUCAUGGUUCUCCUACACAGAAUAUACAGCAUCAGCCCGUUGGUUUGUUGUUAUGAAUUAUUGUGUUCAUUCUCUCAUGUAUACUUACUAUGCGUUACGAGCUCUUAAAUUCCAUCCACCACGCUUUAUCUCCAUGGUGAUUACUGCACUGCAAUUGACGCAAAUGGUCGUUGGAUGUGCCAUCAACGUAUGGGCACAUGGCUUCCUUCAACAAGCUGGACAUGCCGCAUGCAACAUUUCACCGACUAACAUCAAACUUUCCAUUGCUAUGUAUGCCAGUUAUUUCAUCCUUUUUGCCCGUUUCUUUCAUCUAACUUAUCUGUCAAGUAACGCACGUAAAGGUAAGAAGUUAGCUACAUCAUCAAUGACAUCACAACAAGCUAAACAAUUAGACCAUAAAGUCAAGGCUCAAUAAACCAGUAAUAAUCUUUUUCCAAUAUACAUUUUGUAUAUUCAUUUUAGAAGGAAAUGUUUCUCUGAAAUUUCGUUUCCCGACUUUCAAAUAAGAAUAAAAGUUAUCAAUUUUUUUUUGUUUUUGUUAUUUUCAUUCUUAUUCAUGUUAAGAAAACUUUCCCGAUUUGUAGUUUCAAAUUUAAAAAAGAAAAAUAUUAGAACAAUAUUUAUAUUUAGAAAUUUGUAUAGGUGGUUUUUAUUAAUCAAUUAAAUAUUUCGGAAUAUUUUGACAUGAUUUCAUCGGUAUUUCUGGUUUAUGCCUAUUUAAAUGAGUAGUUUACCAUUAAAGUAAAAAGUGAGGAUUUAUAUGAUACGAAUACUGUCAUUAUUAUGCUAUAAGAACCAUGUAAAGUAACCGGACAAAUAGUAAAUACCUAUCUAUUUAAAUGAAUAUUGUUAGACGUUUAAUGGAUUAAUUUACAUAAGAACGAUGUGCGCUUAGUUUUUGUGUCAAAACAUUUGUUUUAUUCCUUCACCUUUACUCAGAAUUUUUUUUAUUUGUAAAGCUUAUGAAAGUCAAGAAAAAAGAUUCAAUUUAAAGUUUAAUCAGUUAAAUAUCAGAAAAUACCAAAGAGAGAUCGGCGUUUUACCUGAAAUAUAAGUUUCGCGAAAGGGUUUUUUCAUUCUUCGGCUUUCAAAGUUAUUGAAUUUUUCAAAAUAAAAAUACAAACUACACACUCAAACCAUUUAUGAACAAAUGGUUAGAGGCAACAAUUAAUAUUCCUCAUUAAUUUAUAAGAAUUUGUAUCAUUUAUUGUAUUUGAAAGAAGGUUUUCUAAAUUAAAGAAGUAAACAAAUAAUUAUCUACCUAUGCAACAAAAAACUCUUAGGAACUAUUGCAGAGUCGUUUACAACUACGAAAACUUUGAUUUUCAAUUAGACAUACAUAUUUCAGUUUUCAAUUUUAAUUAACAACAAUAUUAUUUAAAAGUUCAUGCAGAAAGGAACGAAAGAAAAUAAAAUUGUCAAGCUCUACUAUGCAUCUGUAAAAAAGUUAAAAAUGCUUCUAAAUUCAAAUCGUUUGUUAGAAUAAAAGAAAUGUACCUUAUUUGUUCAAAUUUUCUGCUUAUAAUUAACAGCUCUUUAUUUGCGUAACCUUUUCUUUUCUUAACCUUUCAAUUUGCUAAAUUUUUAAAUGAGUGUCUAAUUAAAGUUAUUGAAACAGUUAUGAAAAUAUAGUUUUGAAAGUUAUUGUCUAAAAAAUUAAAAUCAUUUGAUUUGUAAACUAGAGUGAAAAAUUGAAGAAUGAAUGGAGCGUUGCGUUGUAAAAUAUAUUUUAAUUAUGUUGUUUUUAAUAAUUAAAUUAUUUAAUAUGUUUUUAAUCUUCCCUUAUUAAAUGUCUUAAGCAAACAUAUACAUAUUUAAGUUUUUGAUUUUCAUUCAAAGUAAUUUUUUUUAUUUUUUAACAACAUUCAAUUGAAAGCAACAAUAUUUGAACUUAAACAUUGUAUGUAUUUAUUUUGAUCGUCUUCUAUUAGUUUUGAAUAUUGUUUUCAAAAUAAUAAUGCUUCAAACAUUUCUGCGCUGAUCAAUAAUUUAAAAAAUAUUCGAUUUAGAAAAUUUAUCUGUCCACUAUGACAUUUUGAUCUUCUGAUAUGCAGCUGCAAUUUUAUCAAAUUUUUGCGAUGAAAAUUUAAUAAAAUAUGUACAAAUAAAAAUUUGUAUAAUUGUUCAACUUACAUUCCCAACAUAUUUUGUAUACUUCUUUCAUUCAUAUAUUCUUCUCUCUUAACUUAUUAGUAAAAAUCAGGUUAUCGUAAAAACUUUUUUAAUAAAAAAAGAAUUAAAUGAAGGGAGGCAAUAUUCCACUUAAAUAUUAAAGAUCUAUUUUUGCUAGAGAUGUGCAGCAUAUAACAGUUUUGAUAAUGAACAAAAUACACAUACAAAUAAUUUAAGAAACAAGAUCAAAGUGUAGAUAAGUCAUUUUUCACAGAAACAAGUUUUGUUGAAUUUUUUAUUUAACAUGGAAUGAACAAUUUAUAUUUGAUUCGCAUAAAUCAUUCAAUAA